AUGGGUCGCAUGCACGCUCCCGGAAAGGGCAUUUCGUCCUCCGCACUACCAUACCGCAGGGCACCCCCCUCAUGGCUCAAAACCACCCCCGAAGACGUCGUCGACCACAUCGUCAAGCUCGCCCGUAAAGGCCUGACUCCAUCCCAAAUCGGCGUCACCCUUCGAGACUCGCAUGGGAUCCCCCAAGUUCGUUUCGUUACGGGAAACAAGAUCUUGCGUAUCCUUAAAUCUCAAGGACUUGGCCCAUCCAUCCCUGAGGACCUCUGGCACCUCAUCAAAAAGGCGGUUGCCGUCCGCAAGCACCUCGAAGUCAACAGGAAGGACAAGGACUCCAAGUUCCGUCUUAUCCUUAUCGAGUCCAGGAUCCAUAGGCUCGCGAGGUAUUAUAAGACCAAGCAGCAGAUUGCGCCGACGUUCAAGUAUGAUGCUGCUACUGCUUCGACGCUUAUUGCGUAGAGGGGAGGAGGGGAACAGGGAGGAUAUGAUUAUGCAACCAUGGCUUGUCGUGUCAAAAAAUAUAUUCUUUUUAUGCGUUGCUC